AUGCCUGAAAAAUUAUUGGAGAGGAGGCUCAGAGUUGCGGUGGCUCAUCUUCAGGACCCAUUACUGGCGGGGACCACCGAUAAGCCCACAGCAGUCACUCAGCAGGCCCGUAAGACAAAACUAUGGUCAGAUAUGCUGAACGAUGAUGACACUGAUAUGCCACCAUUAUUCGAGGACCUCCUUGAAGUGGACCCAGGCGACGAGGGCGCAGACGGCAAUGAUGCCGCUUCUGACUUCCUUGAGGCUGUGGAAAUGGAUUAUGUGGAGGAGGACUCCACAUUUCCAGCGGCCCAGUCCCUACCCUCCAGUGCAUCUGAGACUGCGACUCCCGUCGAUAGCAAUCUAAUAUGA